AUGCCCGCCAAGAUGCAGACGCAGCAGGAGCAACAACAGCAACAAUCCCAGACCGUAGCAGCUUUAAGGGGCCUGGGCGAGGCCCUCCCAUCGCUGCCUGUGGGGCUGCUGGAGCCCGGGUUCUCUGCUGCUGCUCUUCGUCUCGUCCACCCCUUGGUGCUGCUGCUUGCGGAGACGCUUGAUGUGCAGCUGCAGCAGCAGCAACAGCUGCAGCAGCAGCAGCAGCAGCAGCAGCAGCAGGAAACACCGUGCUGCUUUUGCUUCAACAAGAAAGAAAACGAAGCAGCGGGCCAGGAAUGCACCGCCCUGGCUGCAUCUGCUGCCAUUGUUGCGAGACGCAGCCAAGAAGCAGCAUCAGCAGCAGCAGCUCCAGCAGCAGCAGCAGCAGCUGCUGCUGCUGGUGUUGCUGCUGCUGCUGCUGCGGCUGGUGGGCCUUCAUCGCUGCAGCCAGGUAGAGGGGUCUUCUCCAGCAUCACCGCAGCCCCAAAGCAGCCAUUGCAGUGUACAGAUACAGCUGAGCAAGGUGCAGAUACACCGCAGGAUGCAUGCGCUGCUGUUGAGGGUUUCGAGGGUUUCGCGGGCCAGGUGCUGAGGAGGGGCCCCCAGGCGUUGCUGCUGAUGGCCCCCGCGCUGUCUAUGCUUGCUGCAGUUGUGGGCAGCAGGGAGCGGCAGCCCCAAAUUGCUGAGGCGCUGCUGGCCCCGGUGGAGAGACGAGCAGCAGCAGGGGGCCCCUCUUCUCUUGCUUGGCUUCUUUGUAGGGCUCUGCAUGCGCUGCUGUCUCUCCGCUCUGACGCUGCUGCCUCUCAAGCCUCCCCUCACUUGGGGGGGGCCCAGGGGGGCCCCCUGCCCGUUGCGCGCUGCGGCUGCGGUGCAGCAGCAACAGCAACAGCACCAGCAACAGCAACAGCAGCAGCAGCAGCAGCAGCAGCAGCGCCAGCAGGAGCAUGCAGCGGCUGGACGGUAGCUGCUGCAGCACGAGAGGGGGAGAAGGGGCCCUGCUGCAGCUGCGAGAGACAGAGCCAGGCGCUGCUUAGUGGGUUGUUUGCUGCGCUGCAGGCUACGAGCCGUCAGUACCCACAGGUGCUGCUGCUGCUGCUGCUGCUAGAGGGGGGUGAUGGGGGGCCCCCAGCAGCAUCUUCUGCUGCUGCUGCUGCUGCUGCUGCUGCUGCUUGUCUCCCCAAGGAAACCGAAGGCCCCCUCUUGCUGCUGCUGCGCAUGCUGAUGGCUGCGCCCUGUCUCCACCUCCGCUGCAGGGGGGUGCAGCUGGCUCUUGACCUUCUAUCAUCUGCCUCUCAGCAGCAGCAACGGGACGCGCGAGGGGGGCCCCCACCAGACCCUCAGCCCAGCGGCAGCCCCCUCUCGGGGGCCCCUGGGGGCCCCCCAUACUCCCCCCUCCAUAGACAACGCGCUGCUCUCGUCGACCUGCUGCUGCUGCAGCUCAUCAAGCCGCUGCUCAAGGAGAGGCCCCUAGCCACUGGUGAAGCGGCGGCAGGCCCGCAGCAGCAUCAUCAGCAACAGCAACAGCAACAGCAACAGCAACAGCAGCAGCAACAGCAGCAGCAGCAGCAGCAGCAGCCAGAGCUGCUGGUGAGCGCAUGCGUUUUCCUGUGCCGGUUGAGACCAGAGGAGUGGCGGCGGUGCCACCUCCUCAGCCUGGGGGUGUUGGGGGCCCUGAGGGGCCUCGUGGCCCCCGAGAGGCCCCGCAGCGUCCGGGUUGCUGCAGCAACCGCAUUGGGGGUCUUUGCAGCGCAGACGCAGGGGCUCCAGCAGCAGCAGCAGCAGCAGGAGCAGCAGCAGCAGCAGCAGCAGCAGGAGCUGGAGCAGCAACAGCUUGCAGAUGCUGGGAGCCAGCUGGGUGACGGAGCCACCCUCCUCAGGGAGACGCUGCUGCUGCUGCUGCUGCAGCUCCAAGACCCUCUUCACGACGUCCGUGCUGCGGCGCUCGGUGCCCUGUGCGAGGCAGCAGGGGCAGUGCAGCAGCAGCAGCAGCAGCAGCAGCAGCAACAGCAGCAGCAGAUGCAGCUGCAGCAGCAAGAGCAGCAGGAUAAGGAACUGCAGCAGCAACAAUGUCAACCCAACAACUGCUUAUCGGUUGCAGGAGGGGAUCUGUGGGUGAGGGUGCUGAAGGGCAUCAACGACGUGCUGGAGCAGCAGCAGCAGCAGCAGCAGCAUCAGCAGAAGCAGCAGCAACAGCAGCAGCAGCAAACCAACGUCUCAGCAGCUGCUGCUGUGGGGCUGCGGGCGAUCGGCGCGGUGACACCCCUUGUGCUGCGCAGAGGAGAAAGAAAGAGCAGCACAGCAGCAGCAGCAGCACACACAGCCAUGCAUGCAGCAGCAGCGGGAUGCUGGGGAUAG